CGACAAUAAAUAUUUUUGACCAUAUCCAAUCAGAGAACGAUUGCUUAGAAGUUAGAACAUCGGAUACCAAAGGUUACUACCACAGUUCGGUUUCCCUUCCUGAAAACUGGGCCGGAUGCCAUGUCACAAAUUAAAGGAGUUAAGUUGUUCAACAUGCUGAAGAAAAAUCCUUUAGAUAGGAUAAGGAGCUCAAAAUACCAGCCUUCAUACUUCAUGAGUAGCAAAAGUGCUUUAUCUCCAUCCCUUGGCCAUGAAGAUGAUCCUCAGCAGCAAAGAGUUGUGGAAGAGUUAAAGAUUCCCUUCUCCCGAGCAGUAAUUGGUAACUUUUUUCAGGAGAAGCCAAGGUUGGGAAAUCCAUUCCUAGAAGAUGCCCUACUCCAGGGUUACCUAAAGAGGCAUCUACCACCUCAGGUUCUAGAGGAAGUGAGCCAAGAUUUUGAGAGAUUUGGACACCAGCUGGUAGAGGAGAUUGAUUCACUGGGACGCGAGUGUGAGCUGAACCCCCCACAACUUCAGCAUUAUGAUGCCUGGGGCAACAGGGGGGAUCAGAUUAUUACCACUCCAGCAUGGAAAAAGAUGAAGGAUAUUUCUGCCAAGGAAGGACUGAUUGCUGAAGCUUAUGAAAGGAGAUACUCCAGCUGGAGCCGCGUGGUUCAAGUGGCCAAGCUGUAUCUCUAUGCUCCAUCCUCAGGACUUUUCACCUGUCCUCUAGCUAUGACUGAUGGUGCAGCCAAGGUUAUAGAGUCACUAGGCACCCCAGCCCCUCUGCAGCAUGCCUUCAAAAACUUGACUAGUCGCAAUCCCAGCACAUUCUGGACCUCUGGCCAGUGGAUGACAGAACGUAAAGGAGGCUCAGAUGUGGCGAGCGGCACAGAGACUGUGGCAGUUAGCCAGGAGGAUGGGACAUACAAGCUGCACGGUUUCAAAUGGUUUACAUCAGCCACAGACUCUGAUAUGAGUUUGACCUUGGGUAGAGUGGCAGAUUCCCAAGGUCGUACAGUGGAGGGCACUAGGGGGUUGUCACUUUUCUAUCUGGAGGUCCGAGAUGCAAAUCGGAAAUUGAAUGGAAUUGAGGUUCAGAGACUGAAAGAGAAAUUGGGAACUCGCCAGGUUCCAACUGCAGAGCUGCUGCUGGAUGGUGCAAAGGCCCUAAGGCUCCAUCCGGAGGGACGUGGUGUAGCUUCUAUUUCAAACAUGUUGACCAUCACCCGCAUCCAUAAUACUAUCUCAGCAACAGCUUACAUGAGGAGGGUGCUCAAUCUGGGGCGGGAGUAUGCAGCAAAACGUUUUGUAUUUGGAAAAUUCAUAAAGGAUCAGCCCUUACAUAUCCAGACUAUGGCCCGCAUGGAGGUGGAGGCUAGAGGUGCUUUUCUUAUACUCAUGGAGGUCUCUCGACUACUGGGGCUGGAAGAAACAAAUAUGGCUACUGUGCAAGAUCAGGAUCUCUUGCGUCUGCUCACUCCUAUUGCAAAACUGUACACUGGGAAGCAGGCUCUUGCAGUAAUAUCAGAGGGACUGGAGGGAUUUGGAGGACAAGGUUACAUGGAGGACACAGGGCUACCAGUCAUGCUGAGAGAUGCCCAGGUGUUGACAAUCUGGGAAGGCACAACAAACAUUCUGUCACUGGAUGUUCUUCGUUCAAUUACAAAGAGCCAGGGGCAAGUGCUCAACACUUUGUUCUCAGUCACACAGGAGAAGCUAGAAGUUGCAUCUCAGGUUGCCAGCCUGGCCCAGUCUGCACUGGUUACACUGAAAGCACUACAGAAUCUCAGAGUCUUUAUUCAACAGGCAAGCAAGAAAGAGCUCAACUUUAUGGAGCUGGCGGCACGUGACUUUUCUUAUAGCUUGGCUAAAAUCUAUAUUGGGUCUCUCUUACUGGAACAUGCAGCUUGGAUUGAAGCAAGUGAUGCAGAUGUGUAUGCAGCUCAAAGAUGGAGUGAACAGGAUCUGUGCCCUGUGGUUAAGGCUGAAGUCUCAGGAUGCUAUUCUGCAGAAGCAUUUUCCAGGGACCGCUUUCUAGUGUACGAGAAAAGCCCUCUGUUAAUAGGAAAACUAUAAAUACAUCUGCCUCUAACGAUG